AUGCCCUUCCGCCCCGGCCCCCUUCGCAUUUCCCGCCGACGCGAUUGCGCCGUCGCCACCCGCGGAUUCCGCCGCCGCGAUCGCCGCGUCGCCUCCCACUCUUCCCGUCGACGCAUCUGCGCCGACGCCGACUGCCCUUCCCGCCGGCGCGACCACUCCGUCGCCGCCUGCCCCUCCCGCCGCCGCGACCACGCCGUCGCCGCCUGCCCCUCCCGCCGCCGCGACCCUGCCGUCGCCGCCUGCCCCUCCCGCCGCCGCGACCACGCCGUCGUCGCCUGCCCUUCCCACCGCCGCGAAUACCCUGUAGCCGCCUGCCUUUCGCGCUGCCGCGACCGCACCGUCGCCGCCCACCCUUUCCGCCGACGCAACUGCGCCGUCGCCGCUUGCGGUUCCCGCCGCCGCGAUCGCAUCGUCGCCGCUCAUCCCUCCCGCCGUCGCACUCGCUCUGUCGCCGCCAGCAAUUCUCGCCGCCGCGACUACCCGCACUUCCCGCCGCCGCAUCUGCCUGUCCCUGCCUGCGUUUCCCGCCGACGCAGCUGCGCCGUUGCCGCCGGUGGUUCCCACCGCCGCGAUUGCCCCCCCCCUCCCCCCCCCCCUUCCCCCUCCCCCCCCUCCCCCCUCAUUUCCCGCCGACGCGUUUGCACCGUCGCCGCCUGCUAUUCCCGCCGCUGCGACAGCACCGUCACUGCCCGCAUUUCCCGCCGCUGCGGCCUUCCGGACGACGCGCCUAACCUGGAACUGGCCGCUACCCCUGCGCUUCAAGCUGCCGCCGACGCCACCUUUCUCCACGAUCACCGCGAAUACCUCAUCCGCAAGGCCACCCAUGAAGUUGCUGUGCACAACUACGAGUUCGCAACAUCGGACCGUGCCAAUCGCCUGGCGAUGCUUGCCGAUUACAACACGGCCAUGGCGCUUCACAUCCCCAACAGCAUCGCCUGGGCCGCUGCCGACAACCACGCCUGCACCAUCCUCCUCGGUGCGCUCCCCGACACCCUCAUGCACCGCUUCCAAGCUCGUGAAAUGCGAGCCUCCCUGAUUUGGGCCGAGCUCCAGUCAAUGUUUGAGCGUCGCGACAUCAGCUCUGUCGGCGUUGUCUUCCAGGAAUAUUUCUCCAUUGCCCUCGCCACCUGUGACGGCGCAGUCGACUACGUGGGGCGCAUGCAGGAGGUCGCUGAUCGCCUUGCGGCUUGUCAGGCUGCCCUCUUCGAGCCACUGCAGAUUCACCGUCUCCUCUUCAACCUCACGCCGGAUUACGAGUCCCGCCUGCACGCCUUCACUGAGGCAAACUCCCUGGCUGGCCUGAACGAGGUGGUCCAGUGGAUUAUUGACACGGAGGUCAAGCUCCGCACCCCCAUUGUCAAACUCACCACCCCUCAGUCCUCCUCCUCCACCUCCCUCAAUGCCACGCAGCCACGCAACCAGGGUGGUCGCAACAGCGGUGGAGGAGGUCGUGGAGGGGGCGGAGGUGGUGGUGGCCGUGGUGGCCGUGGUGGAGGAGGUGGUGGUACCACUCCUGGCUGUCCUGCUGGUGCCGGUGGUGCUUGUCCCUGA